UGAUGAAUGGUUUUCUUCCUGUGCCAGUCUCAAGUCAUGUUUACUAGUGACGUCCUCAGGCAAGCCUCUCCAGUCACGUGACCCUGUGACGUCACGUUGCUAUGUCUAUCCUGGAGCUGCUUUAUCGUUUUAGUUCAAUGGCAGGAGUAGAUAUCUGUGAUUACUGGUUAAACGAUUUUUCGAACGAACAUCACAGCUUACCGAGACCGUCCAGUUAAAAAAAAAAAUCAUUUUUACAUCUUCAACCCUCAGCAGGAACUACACCUGUGACCUCCACGCCAGCUUCUGACUGUCCCCUGCCACAUCACCUGGGCCCCGGAAUGGCAUACCUUAAAAUCUUGCACGUCGUUGCUGUUGUCGCUGUGAUUGUCAGCCUACAGGGAGUGUGUGAAGCUCAGGCCACGGCUUGCCAAGUGACAUUUCUAAACACCUUCACGCAAUGCGUCACCAACAGCUCACUUGACGCCGACCACUUCUUGUGGCUUAACCCGGGAUGGCACCGCGGGUAAACAGCCACCCGACUUACCUGCUUUUACUCAACAAGCCUGCCAGAAGGAGCAGGUUCUGUUAGACUGCAGCUCCAGACUCCUGAGCAGAGUUCAGGCAGUUGCUGCAACUGUCUGCUCGGACUCUGACAAAAGCGCAGUGGUGCAGUUCCACCAGAAGGUCUUCAUGAACCUCCAUAAAAAAUGUGCUCAUCCUUGCCGAGACCAGCUGGUCCCCAGCCUUCGACAAUGCUACACCACGGCGGGGCUGAACUCAGCUCUCUUCCGGCCGAACAUCACUUUGCCAAGAUACGAUCUCCUUGGUAACACGAACGAUGUUGUGAAUGCUUUCUGCAGUAAAAGAAUCACUUUGGUGGAAUGCAUGCAAAGCAAGGUAGCGGGGUGUCCUGAAGCCCCCCAAAUUCUGGGGUCUAUCGGAAUGGACCUACAGUCAUUCAACGAGACCAUCGCCUUCCUCUGCGACAACAGCCCCAUCUACCUGCUAGGAGCUCGAUGUUCGGCAAACGUCAGCGCGGAAGAGACGAAAUGUCAGAAUACCAUGACAACGGAGUUACGGCAGCUGGAGUAUCAGUUCCAGACACUGGACAUCUCCGAGGCUGUCUUUGCCGCCGAUAUCUGCAGAAUACGAAUGGAUCACACUCGCUGUGACCUUGUACGGCCUGGCCAGAAGAGAUACUGUGACAAAGUGCCCGGAUGUAGUUUUAGGCCUGCGCAGAGAGCAGGAGUGUGCGCUGCUUCCGGUGACCUGCAAAAGAGUUCUGGCUGAUCGAGUGAUCGACAUGUGUGACCCAGUUCGUUUCCUUAGAGAUAAGCGACAGAAUUUUAUUACUGCUUCCGGUUUAACCAGUGGAACAACAUUCCAAAUGUCUUUCUCUUACAUUCUUGUUGCAGUUUCCAUCCUGUUUUAUUGCUGUAUUCCUAUUUGACAUAGGACCUCAUCUCGGCUUCAAAGCAAAUAAAUGGAUUGCAUUUACAGAAGUAUUAAAAGUCAUAACUGUUUCUGUCCCCGAACCUUUCAUCACCAUGCCAUCAUGCCUAAAGCCAUCUCUAUGUAUAUUUCAAUAGCAUCUUAUCUAAAAUCUUAAAGACUAUCGUGUUUUUGUGAAGCCAGAAUGAGCUAAAACUUAGGUGAUAGGUAUAGAACAAUUACCUGCGACAUGGUCAAGAAAUUCAAACUGGAAUCACUUCUCAUUUUCUCAUUCAAUUCUAAAGUUUACAAUAUGUAUAUAACACAAAACAAACUUCCAUUAACAUUAUAUAGUUCAUCAAUCAUUGAUGUUCCCUGUGUACAUAGUGUCAGAUUUUUUUGCACAGCUCAAGUUUACAUGUUUGUUCAUUCAUAGAACCUGUUUAUCUUCUUCUACUUUUCGACUUGGUUUCUGUGACAAAUUAAAUACUCUAAAAAUUUCAGCAUCUGUAUUACUUCAUGCUAUAACUGACCUCUCACCGAUUCUUAUAGCUUUUGUUCUUCUAUCCUCGAUCAUUCACUUACCGACUCUUUUUUUUCAUUUUCCUCUGCAACUUUUGCCUGCCUUUCAAGAUAUUUGUUCUAUAAAAUUAUUUACAAAAUUUUUAAUUAAAACGAAGACUUUAUAUAACUGAAUCAACUAUUUCAAACAGCAAAUAAUAAAAUCGUGAUCUUGCUCACUAGAAAUUUGCACUUGUCCUUUAUUUUCAGUCCUACGCUUGUUGUUCAUGCACGUGAACG